AUUAUAUAGACGACUAAUAGCUGUAUUCCAACUUAUUCCCUUUUAGGUCCAAAAGAAAGAAAACGGUAAAGUGGCAGAUGACAAAAUAUCCCAACCAGCUGUUGUCGGCGGUAAGAUCAAGUGUGCCGAGUGCGGGAAGUUGUUUAGCUCCAAGAAGACUUAUAGGUACCAUUUGAACACCCUGCACCGGGGCCAGAACCGGUUCCCGUGCCCGCGCUGCGGCAAGGAGUACCAGUGGAAGUCCAACCUCGGCCGCCACAUGCGCUCGCACCGCGCGCGCGACGCGGGGGAGCUCCACUGCGGGCCCUGCGACAGGCGCUUCGCCUCCGUCGCCACCUACACGCAGCAUCUGCGCCUCUCGCGCCGCCACGUCGCCGAGCGGGACUUCAGUUUCGUGUGCGUGGAGUGCGGCAAGCGGUUCGUGAACAAGACGCGGCUGCGCGACCACACGGACUGGGAGCACCUGCACAAGGUCAAGUUCCGCUGCCAGCUCUGCGACAAGCCGUUUAAGUGUCACACGUCGUUGUAUGUACACAUGCAGAACGUACACCACAACAACAAGAAGGAGAACCUGUGCCACAUCUGCGGCAAGUCGUAUCAGAACGCGGCCAAGUUGAAGUACCACAUAGUGGCGAUGCACACGAGCGAGACGCCCUACACGUGCGCGCACUGCGGCGCCGCCUUCAGCUGGUACUCCUCCCUCUACCGCCACACCAGGGAGGUGCACCACAAGAUGAAACUUCAACCCAAGAAGACCCGGAAGCAAAAACGCGGCGAAUUAUUACCGCCGAUGUUGGCAACACACGAUCUGAUGAUGCCACAACCCGGGCCAGUGUGACGCUGGCAACACUCUUGAACCAACGGUUCCUAAUAAGAAAUAACAUUCAAAAGGCAUAUUUUGAUUUAUUCUCAAUGUCUCUUAUU